AUGAGUGCCCACCCCGAGCUGCACGCCUUUUCGGAGGAGAAGGGCGCUGCCCCGACGGACGAGGCCGCCCUCGACGUCCCGCCGCUGGAUGAGCUGCAGAAGGGGCGUUGGGAGCGAACCUGGCCCACCAUCGCCUGCGGUGCUGGUCUGUUUUCUGACGGCUACCUGAAUGGGGUCAUCGGUCAAGUCAAUACCAUACUGAAGAAGCUUUACCCAGACACCUACGCCAACUCCCCGGCUAGCCAGAAUGUUUCAGCCAUUGCCUUUGCGGGUACGGUCGUUGGCAUGUUGAUUUUCGGCUAUACCAGUGAUCACUGGUCGCGCAAGUGGUCGCUGAUGAUCUCCACCAUCAUUCUGUUCAUCUUUGCUGCCCUGUGUGCGGGUUCCUAUGGCGCAGGUGGGAGUCAGUACGGCAUGUUCGCCGCCCUGACCGCGUACCGUUUCUUCAUCGGCAUCGGUAUCGGAGGCGAGUACCCUGCCGGCUCUGUCGCGGCGGCGGAGAACACGGGCGAACUCAAGGAGGGACACCGCAACCGCUGGUUUAUCAUGUUCACCAACUUCCAGAUCGACUUCGCCUUCGUUCUCUCGGCCUUGGUUCCUAUGAUCCUCCUGCUGAUUUUCACGGAGGAUCAUCUGCGCGCGGUUUGGCGCGUGUCGCUGGGCUUGGGUAUUAUCCCGCCCUUGAGUCUCCUCUACCUUCGACUCAAGGUGAAUGAGCCCGAGGAGUUCAACCGUGAGCGCAUGCACAAGUUCCCGAUUUGGUUGAUCAUCAAGUUCUACUGGUUCCGACUAGCCGUUGUCUCUCUGAUCUGGUUCAUCUACGACUUUUCAUCCUACUCCUUCGGUCUGUACUCCUCAGCAACGAUCUCCAUCAUUACUGGCGAUGAUGCACCUAUGUGGCAGACAUUCGGCUGGACCACCCUGAUUUACCUGUUCUACCUUCCUGGUUCUCUGCUCGGAGCAUUUGUGAGUGACUGGAUCGGCCCUCGCAAAACGCUUGCCAUCGGAGUUCUCCUCCAAGGCAUUGUCGGCUUCAUCAUGUCGGGAUGCUACAAGUGGCUUGCAACCUCCGAGAACGUGGCCGGCUUCGUCGUGGUCUACGGUAUCUUCCUGGCUCUGGGUGAGUUUGGCCCUGGCGAUAAUCUCGGCCUGUGUGCCGCCAAGACCAGCGCCACUGCCAUCCGUGGCCAAUACUAUUCGUAUGCUGCGGCCGUCGGCAAGAUCGGCGCUUUCGUGGGCACCUACGUUCUCCCAAUUGUUCAGAAGAACGCCCCGAACGAGGUUCGCGCGGGUCAGGAUCCGUUCUUCGUUUCCAGCGCCCUGUGCAUCUUCAGUGCUUUCCUAGCGUUCUUCCUGCUCCCGCAGAUCACCCAGCAUACGAUCACUAACGAGGACACCCGCUUCCGCGAGUACCUCUCUCAGAACGGCUACGAUACCUCGACCAUGGGUAACCGGGGCCAAAUCACCACCCGCCGUGACCUGGAGUAA